CAAUGUGUUCAGGCCAAACUGCAAAGUGCAUCUGAGACUGUUCAACUCUAGCCAAACUGUUUCGACUUCGACAUCUUUGUUCUUGGCUCAUACUCUCCUGCUAGCAUCCUCAACCUCACAGACCGCAGAGGUAGAAAAAUGGCACGUUUUAGGGCCCCUUCAGUCGACAGCGAGGAUGACGACCAAAUGUCUUCAUCCGAGCAGCAACAAUCUGAGGGAUCUGAAUACGUACCUUCACAUCACGAAGACGAAGAAUACGUGAGCGAGGAAUACGAGGAAACGAGCGAGGAAGAUGAGGACACGUCGGUGACCCCACCACCAGUGGACGAGAAGCGCGUCGAUGCUAGCGUAAUUCCAUGGGCAAGGGAGAUCGGAGUGGAACCCCAACGGAUGCAUGUUAUGCAGUCAACUCUGUUCAGACUACCAGAGGAAGCAGCUGCAUUCAAGGAGGUUAGUCAACUCCCGGCGCGGCGAAGGUUACUACAGCAGCCCAAUUUAAGUCGGAAGCAUAGUAGAGAUUCAGAGGGAGAUGGUCUUCGCGCAGAGUCGCGACCGCGAGCCUCAUUUGCCGCUAAUGUCGAACCUCAACCUUUCAAACCAACACGUAAAUAUGCCCGUGUAGAUAGCUCUGCAUCCGCUGUACGAGGGAAUGAAAGUCUUCUGGUCGAUGCCGGACUAGCGAUGGGUCGGUCAUUCCGGGUUGGCUGGGGACCAGGCGGGAAAAUUGUUCAUGUGGGCGCGCUUUGUGGCGUAUCGAGUAAAUCAAAGUCCUCAGCCAACUCGUCUGUCGUUCACAUUACGACUGUACCCGUCUUCUCGACCUCAGAGAAAGAAGCAAGUGAGCGAGCAUCAAGGUUGCUCUCUUGCAACCUUCAGCAUUCGCCCAUAGAACAUGAUGCGGACGGCGUGCCAUGCGCGAACCCAUCAAAAGAUCUGUCUUUCUCUUCAUUUGCGUCGCUAUUCCCUUCAAAUGACCGAUCGUUUGAGGCGAACCUUUUUCGCCUCGGUCAAGCCUUGUUUGAUCAUUUGGAAUUAAGCGUCCCGGAUGCACUUGGUGCAGAUAUUCGGGCCAAAAUUGCCAUUAUGCGACGGAGACGCGCCUUUUCGGACUGCCUGCAAUCUGCUGUUGCAUCAUCCGUUGACAGCGACGUCCGAGGACGUGCCGCUGAGGACUGGGCUGCCACGGUUUACGCCUUCCUCACAGGAAACCAACUGGACAAGGCAUGCGACGCAGCGAUAGAUGCUGGCAACGUAAAGCUUGCUACCCUAUUAUCACAAGUGCCUGGUGACCAAGAAUUUAGGGAAGACCUCCGCAUGCAGUUGGCGUUGUGGCAGGAGCAGCGUAUUGACGCUCACAUCGACGUAAACGUUCGGAGGAUUUAUGCACUUUUGGCGGGUGUAGUGGAUAUCCUAGAGGGUUCGAAAGGCACGGGGCCUGAACGAUGUCCUGACUUGUCUCUGGCGGCUGACUUGGAUUGGAAGCGCGCUUUCGGACUGCAUCUUUGGUUCGGUCAACGAAUGGAUACCCCGAUUGCUGAUGCGUUCACUUCGUACUGUCGUGCAUCGGAAGAUACCUCUACUAAUACUUCUCAGCCUAUACCAUGGUACAGAGAAAGUAGCGCUUCAGACGAAUCAGAGUUCUUGUGGAAACUCCCUCAAGAUUCACAUCCUCCGGAUGCCUUAUUUUCACUCAUCCGGCUGUUCUCCGAGCCUUCGUGUUCGCUCUCGGACAUCCUCACCCCUCUGUCGUUCAGCUCGAGCCCGGUGGAUUACAGAUUACCCUGGCAUCUCUACAUUGUACUCUCACGAUGCCUUCGAGUGCGUGAUUUCGCAGACCGAGGGGAGCCUGUCGUGGAUUCUCUCCCAAAUGACGAAACUGAUAACGAGCCGAGAGUUGAAGGGCAUAGUCCGAGUGCAGAUUUGCUUGCUAAUAGCUAUGCUCACCAACUGGAGAAAGUUGGUCUCAUUCAAGAAGCUGUGUUUGUUCUACUGCACAUCGAAGGAUCAGCUGGGAGACGCCGGGCGAUCAAAGACCUUCUUUCACGAUCAGCAUCCAGAUUGGAUGACUAUAUGACCCGUGGACUCGUCGGAAGCCUCAAGAUUCCGCUUACAUGGGUGAACGAAGCCAAAGCUACUUACGCUUUGAGUGAAGGCGCAGUAUACCGCGCAUACGAGCUUUACCUCAGUGCAGAGAUGUAUAACGCCGCGCAUAACAUCGCCGUUCUGGAGCUAGCUCCCGAUGCUGUGAUCCGCGAAGAUCUUGAGUUGCUGACAAACCUGUUCCAAAAGUUUGUUGGUCAGCCCGUGGACGACUGGAAUCUACGUGGGAAGCUUUUCCUUGACUACGUCCAUGCGAUGACGCGCCUGCCAAAACUACGGGAACACAUCAUACAAAUCGACGCAGUGCCCGACGCGAGUCAAGCUACUGAACUGGAAGAACUGUCGCGUAGCGUGCCAAAGCUUAUCAGCCUGUUACCUGAUGUCCUGCCCGAUCAUAAUAACCUUCGUUACAAGGCGGCUCUGUCAGAAAUGAUCACCGGCCUUACUUUACAGCUCGACCAAGUUCGGCCUCUCGCGAUUCAGUCCCAGUUGAGAGCUCCUUUGACUACGGAGGCGACACGUCUACGACAUAUACACGCUACGGCCUACGAGAGGUUCCUCCGUACAAUCCAAGUCGCGUAAUACUGGUCACAUUCCAUUGCGUAAUAAUAUCUGAUUAUCUGAACACUGUACUCCAAAGACAAUCUUGCUUGUGCCAUUAUAUACUAUGCAAUGGUAAGCAUAAGGAUGAUAGCUCACUACUGUCGGCUUCCUCUCCUCCAGUUGUGAAGUUCUCUUGCUCGAGCUCCCGCGCUUUACAUGACACAGCAUCAUCAUAGAAUCAUGUUUACUCCAAGGUAACUACGUAAUCUCUGUGACUUGCAACAAAGCGGUAUCUCUGCACGUACAGUACAAAGCGUCAAAGUCGAAUGUGUGGUAAUGACCGAAGCGAAACUGAAUUGCUGCAAUUCACGAUCAUUCUCACCUUCCCCCUUCCCGUCCGUUUCCCGCUUGAAAAUAUCUAGGUGAAGUAAGCCGUCAGGAGAACUUAACUCCGAUUAGCUUCGAAAGUACAAGUGAGCACGAAAAGAGAGUCAAAAAAUAGUACUAAAUUCG